UUCGCGGAGACUUCAAGGUAUAAUCUAUCCCAGAUCCUUUCCCAGAGAGAAACUUGGCGAUCACGUUUCCACAUGAUGCUCACGUUUGGUGCUCUCCAAUUAUCCCUCCCCACAAAGAUAGGUGGCGUGUGUUGCAGGGUCUCUCCUCUCGCUCGUACAGAAAAGAAAAAGAAAAAAAUGUCAUUAGAAGAGGCGUAACACGUCAGUCCGUCCCCAGGUUUGUGUUUCCUGGAGUGGCAGAAAGAGAUCAGUCCUAACCUGCCCAGCAGGAAUAACGGUCCUUCCGACAACUCUUUGCAAGGCUUUUUACAAUUUCUCCAGGAGCUGCAUCUCCCUUCACCUUUUCUCCUCCACUUCGCGGCUUCUUCAUGCUUUUUCUUGUCACCAUUUCUGACCAAAACUACAAACAAGACUUCGCAGAGCCUGCGUGCUGCUGCUGCUGCUGCUGAAUCAGGGAGUCGAGCCCAUGCGAACUGCCAUCUGAUCCACUCUUAUCAAUGAAGCAGCAGAUCAUGGCGGAUGGCCCCAGGUGUAAGAGGCGAAAACAAGCCAACCCCCGGAGGAAAAACGUAGUGAACUAUGAAAAUGUAGUGGCGGGUUCAGAAACAGAUGAGGAGGACAAGCUACACAUUGCUGAGGACGAAAGUGCUAUCAACACGCUGGACCAGGAAACCAGCCCAGCCAGUGUACCCAACCAUGAGUCUUCCCCGCAUGUGAGCCAAGCAACGUUGCCCAGAGAGGAAGAGGAAGAUGAAAUGAGGGAAAGUGGAGUAGAUCACACCUGGCACAACAAUGAGAUCCUGCAAGCCUCUGUAGAUGGUCAAGAAGAAAUGAAGGAAGAUUAUGACACUAUGGGGCCUGAAGCCACAAUUCAGACCACCGGAAACAAUGGUACAGUGAAGAACGCAAAUUGCACGUCGGACUUUGAGGAAUAUUUUGCCAAAAGGAAACUGGAGGAAGGGGAUGGACAUGCAGUCAGCAUAGCAGAGUACCUGCAGCGCAGCGACACAGCCAUUAUUUACCCUGAAGCCCCCGAGGAACUGUCUCGCCUUGGCACUCCAGAGGCCAAUGGGCAAGAAGAAAAUGACCUGCCACCUGGAACUCCAGAUGCCUUCGCCCAACUGCUGACCUGCCCCUACUGCGACCGGGGCUACAAGCGCCUGACGUCCCUCAAGGAGCACAUCAAGUACCGCCACGAGAAGAACGAGGAGAACUUCUCGUGCCCUCUCUGUAACUACACGUUUGCCUACCGCACCCAGCUCGAGCGGCAUAUGGUGACACACAAGCCAGGGACAGAUCAGCACCAAAUGCUGACCCAAGGAGCAGGCAAUCGCAAGUUCAAAUGCACUGAGUGUGGCAAGGCCUUCAAAUAUAAGCACCAUCUGAAGGAACACCUGCGAAUUCACAGUGGUGAAAAACCAUAUGAGUGUCCAAACUGCAAGAAACGUUUCUCCCAUUCUGGCUCCUACAGUUCGCACAUCAGCAGCAAGAAGUGUAUUGGUUUGAUCUCUGUGAAUGGCAGAAUGAGAAACAAUAUCAAGACGGGUUCUUCUCCUAAUUCUGUAUCUUCCUCUCCUACUAAUUCAGCCAUUACACAGCUGAGAAACAAGCUGGAGAAUGGCAAACCACUUAGUAUGUCUGAACAAACAGGCCUACUGAAAAUUAAAACAGAACCACUAGAUUUCAAUGAAUACAAGGUUCUUAUGGCCUCACAUGGGUUUAGUGCAACUAGUCCUUUUAUGAAUGGUGGACUUGGAGCAACCAGCCCCUUAGGAGUUCACGCUUCUGCUCAGAGUCCAAUGCAGCACUUAGGUGUAGGGAUGGAAGCACCACUGCUCGGGUUUCCUGCAGUAGGCAGUAAUUUAAGCGAGGUGCAGAAGGUCCUACAGAUUGUGGACAACACGGUUUCCAGGCAGAAAAUGGACUGCAAGGCUGAAGAGAUCUCCAAGUUGAAGGUUUACCACAUGAAGGAUUCAUGCUCUCAAGCCGAGGAACAAGGAGUUACCUCCCCCAAUAUUCCCCCCGUGGGUCUUCCAGUAGUAAGUCAUAAUGGUGCCACUAAAAGUAUUAUUGACUACACAUUAGAGAAAGUCAAUGAAGCCAAAGCUUGCCUCCAGAGCUUAACCACAGACUCGAGGAGGCAGCUCAAUAACAUUAAAAAAGAGAAGCUGCGAACCCUAAUAGACCUGGUAACUGAAGACAAGAUGAUAGAGAACCACAACGUAUCCACUCCAUUUUCAUGCCAGUUCUGUAAAGAAAGCUUUCCUGGUCCCAUUCCGUUGCAUCAGCAUGAGCGUUACCUGUGUAAAAUGAACGAAGAAAUCAAGGCAGUCCUUCAGCCUCACGAGAACAUGGUUCCCAACAAACCUGGAGUGUUUGAUAAGCAAACCCUCUUGCUGUCAUCAGUACUUUCUGAGAAAGGAAUGACUAGCCCCAUCAACCCAUACAAGGACCACAUGUCUGUACUUAAAGCAUAUUAUGCUAUGAAUAUGGAACCCAACUCUGAUGAACUACUGAAAAUUUCCAUUGCUGUUGGCCUUCCUCAGGAAUUUGUGAAGGAAUGGUUUGAACAAAGAAAAGUCUACCAGUAUUCAAGUUCCAGGUCACCAUCACUGGAAAGGGCCAGUGCCAAGGUGGCGCUGGCUGCCACCAACAACACUCCCACUAAAGACUCUUUGUCAGCCAGAUCUCCAAUAAAGCCUGUGGACUCUAUAACUUCACCAUCUAUAGCUGAACUCCAUAACAGUGUUACUAAUUGUGAUACUCCUCUCAGGCUAACAAAACCUCCUCAUUUUACCAAUAUUAAGCCAGUUGAUAAAUUGGACCACUCUAGGAGCAAUACUCCUUCUCCUUUAAAUCUUUCUUCCACAUCUUCUAAAAACUCCCACAGUAGUUCUUACACUCCAAACAGUUUCUCUUCUGAGGAGCUUCAGGCUGAGCCUUUGGACUUGUCUUUACCAAAACAAAUGAAGGAACCCAAAAGUAUUAUAGCCACAAAGAACAAAACAAAAUCUAAUAGUGUAAAUUUAGAACACAACAGUGUUUCUUCAUCAUCUGAAAACUCAGAUGAGCCGCUGAACUUGACUUUUAUCAAGAAGGAGUUUUCUAAUUCAAAUAAUCUGGAUAAAAGCACUAACCCAGUAUUUGGUAUGAACCCAUUUAGUGCCAAACCUUUAUACACAACACUUCCACCACAGAGCGCAUUUCCCCCUGCCACUUUUAUGCCACCAGUCCAAACCAGUAUUCCUGGGCUGCGACCAUACCCAGGACUAGAUCAGAUGAGCUUCCUACCACAUAUGGCCUAUACCUACCCAACUGGAGCAGCUACUUUUGCCGAUAUGCAGCAAAGGAGAAAGUACCAGCGGAAACAAGGAUUUCAGGGAGAAUUGCUUGAUGGAACCCCAGACUACAUGUCCGGCCUCGACGACAUGACGGACUCCGACUCCUGUCUGUCCCGAAAGAAGAUCAAGAAGACAGAAAGUGGCAUGUACGCGUGUGACUUAUGUGACAAGACAUUCCAGAAGAGCAGUUCCCUGCUGCGACACAAAUACGAGCACACAGGAAAAAGACCACACCAGUGUCAGAUUUGCAAGAAAGCGUUUAAACACAAGCAUCACCUGAUCGAGCACUCACGCUUGCACUCCGGGGAGAAGCCCUACCAGUGCGACAAGUGCGGCAAGCGCUUCUCGCACUCGGGGUCUUACUCACAGCACAUGAAUCACAGGUAUUCCUACUGUAAGAGAGAGGCGGAGGAGAGGGAAGCGGCUGAGCGGGAAGCCCGUGAGAAGGGUCACCUAGAGCCCACCGAGCUACUGAUGAACCGGGCCUAUUUGCAGAGCAUCACUCCCCAGGGGUACUCUGACUCAGAGGAGAGAGAGAGCAUGCCGAGAGACGGCGAGAGCGAAAAGGAGCACGAGAAGGAAGGAGAAGAUGGGUAUGAGAAGCUGGGAAGGCAAGAUGGGGAUGAAGAGUUUGAGGAAGAGGAAGAGGAGAGCGAAAAUAAAAGUAUGGAUACGGAUCCAGACACGAUAAGAGAUGAAGAGGAGACUGGUGAUCACUCAAUGGACGAUAGUUCGGAAGAUGGGAAAAUGGAAACCAAAUCAGAUCACGAAGAAGACAAUAUGGAAGAUGGCAUGUAAUAAACUACUGCAUUUUAAGCUUCCUAUUUUUUUUCCAGUAGUAUUGUUACCUGCUUGAAAAACACUGCUGUGUUAAGCUGUUCAUGCACGUGCCUGAUGCUUCCAGGAAGCCUGUAGAGAUGGACUAAAGGGGCAGUUCAGCCAAGACAGAAUUAGAUGGAAUUUGAGCUGGGUAUUGUUAAGAACUGCAUUAUGCAAAAUUUUUGUACAGUGUUAAGGCCUAAAAACUGUGUGGUUCAGAGACUAAAUCCUGUGUUUAAUAGCAUUUAUACUUUAAGCACAAACUAGUAAAUUGUACGAAUUGCACUCAACUUAUAUAUCACUACAAACUUAAAAAAAAAAAA